GACUGAGGGGAGGAGCCAAGGGAGGAGGAGGAGGAGUCGCCGAUCCACCACAGGAGGACCACUGCUCACCAGGGCUACCGAGGUGCCACUGGCCCCACACCUGCUUCCCCGCAUCCCCGACCGCCAGCAUGAUCGCCGCGCAGCUCUUGGCCUAUUACUUCACCGAGCUGAAGGAUGACCAAGUCAAAAAGAUUGAUAAGUAUCUGUAUGCCAUGCGGCUCUCUGAUGAAGUUCUGAUUGAUAUUCUGACACGCUUCAAGAAAGAAAUGAAGAAUGGCCUUUCCCGGGAUUAUAAUCCAACAGCCUCGGUCAAGAUGUUGCCAACCUUUGUACGGUCCAUUCCUGAUGGCUCAGAAAAGGGGGAUUUCAUUGCCCUGGAUCUUGGAGGCUCUUUCUUUCGAAUCCUGCGGGUGCAGGUGAAUCAUGAGAAGAACCAGAAUGUCUACAUGGAGUCUGAGGUUUAUGACACUCCAGAGAACAUCGUACAUGGCAGUGGAAGCCAGCUUUUCGAUCAUGUUGCUGAAUGCCUGGGAGACUUCAUGGAAAAAAGGAAGAUCAAGGACAAAAAUUUACCCGUGGGAUUCACGUUUUCUUUCCCCUGCCGGCAAUCCAAAAUAGACGAGGCUAUACUGAUCACAUGGACAAAGCGGUUCAAAGCCAGUGGCGUGGAAGGGUCGGAUGUGGUCAAGCUGCUGGAUAAAGCCAUUAAGAAGCGAGGGGACUACGACGCCAACAUCGUCGCUGUGGUGAAUGACACGGUGGGGACCAUGAUGACCUGCGGUUACGACGACCAGCAGUGUGAAGUUGGCCUGAUCAUCGGCACGGGCACCAACGCGUGCUACAUGGAGGAGCUGAGACACAUUGACCUGGUGGAAGGUGACGAGGGCCGGAUGUGCAUCAACACCGAGUGGGGGGCCUUCGGGGACGACGGGUCCCUGGAGGACAUCCGCACAGAGUUCGACAGAGAGCUGGACCGGGGGUCCCUCAACCCCGGGAAGCAGCUGUUCGAGAAGAUGGUGAGCGGCAUGUACAUGGGGGAGCUGGUCCGGCUGAUCCUGGUGAAGAUGGCCAAGGAAGGCCUCCUGUUUGAAGGGCGCAUCACUCCAGAGCUGCUCACGAGGGGCAAGUUUAACACGAGUGACGUGUCCGCCAUUGAAAAGAAUAAGGAAGGUAUUCAUAAUGCCAAGGAGAUCUUAACCCGCCUGGGAGUGGAGCCGUCUGAUGAUGACUGUGUGUCGGUCCAGCACGUGUGCACCAUUGUCUCCUUCCGUUCAGCCAACCUAGUGGCUGCCACGCUCGGUGCCAUCCUGAACCGCCUGCGAGACAACAAGAGCACGCCCAGGCUGCGAACCACAGUUGGUGUGGACGGUUCUCUCUACAAGUCACACCCACAGUAUUCCCGGCGAUUCCACAAGACCCUGAGGCGCCUGGUGCCCGACUCCGAUGUGCGUUUCCUCCUUUCAGAGAGCGGCAGCGGCAAGGGGGCUGCCAUGGUGACCGCUGUAGCCUACCGCCUGGCUGAGCAGCACAGGCAGAUUGAGGAGACCCUGUCCAACUUCCGCCUCAGCAAGGAGACACUGCUGGAGGUGAAGAGGAGGCUGCGGGCUGAGAUGGAAUUUGGGCUGAAGAAGGAGACGAACUCUAAGGCUACCGUCAAGAUGCUGCCUUCCUUCGUCCGGAGCAUCCCAGACGGGACUGAGAAUGGUGACUUCUUGGCUUUGGAUCUUGGAGGAACGAAUUUCCGGGUCCUACUGGUAAAGGUCCGUAGUGGAAAAAAGAGAACAGUAGAAAUGCACAACAAGAUCUACUCCAUUCCUAUAGAGAUCAUGCAAGGCACUGGGGAAGAGUUGUUUGACCACAUCGUCUCCUGUAUCUCCGACUUCCUGGACUACAUGGGGAUCAAAGGCCCCCGGAUGCCUCUGGGCUUCACCUUCUCAUUUCCCUGCAAUCAGACGAGCCUGGAUUGUGGAAUCUUGAUCUCGUGGACAAAGGGUUUCAAGGCCAGUGACUGCGAGGGACAUGAUGUAGCCACCUUACUGAAGGAGGCGGUGAAAAGAAGAGAUGAAUUUGACCUGGAUGUGGUGGCUGUGGUCAACGACACUGUGGGUACCAUGAUGACCUGUGCCUAUGAGGAACCCACUUGUGAGGUGGGACUCAUCGUGGGGCAGGUAGAUGGGCAGUCCUGUGGGAAGACAUCUUGUCUCCAUCUUGAUAGAAGAAACCAACCCAUGAAACAACGCCAUCACCGGAAUCUCCCAUCGCUUUAGUGAGCCUUGUUGUAUGACUAGUAAACUUUGUAACUGAUUCAAAA